UACACACUGCAUCUUUCUGCAACAAAACAACUUUUCCUCUAUUCUCUUGGUACUAAUUUUAUACAAAUUACUAACUGCCAUUUUUCUCUCUACACUUGACUUCAGAGUCGGUGUCUUUUAGCAUAGCACACCUAGUUUUCCUCCAUUUUCACUUGCUUAUUCUCCCAAUUAAAGAUUUGGUCACCAAAACAACUUAACCAUAGUUGGUCACCCUAUCUCUCCUUCUCUGUCUCUGACUCUAUUUCUUCACCAUGAACUUAGAGCUACGGUGCUGAAUUAGUUCAACAAAUCAUGAGCUGCAACACCAAGAACCUCCAUUUCUGGUGGAGAAUCACUGCCUCUGUUCUCCUUCUACUUCCCUCAUUCGCUCUCAACUCGGAUGGGAUCCUCUUGCUUUCCUUCAGAUACUCAAUCCUCAGUGACCCACUAUCAGUCUUGGAGAGCUGGAAUUACAACGACGAAACACCAUGCUCAUGGACCGGAGUAGCCUGCACCGAAAUCGGAAACUCCGGCACGCCGGAUAAGUUUAGGGUCACCAGCUUAGUCCUCCCCAACAGCCAGCUUCUGGGUUCGGUCCCCGCCGACCUCGGCAUGAUCCAACACCUUCGCCAUCUCGAUCUCUCCGGCAAUUUCUUCAAUGGGUCUCUGCCCAAUUCAAUCUUCAAUGCCUCAGAGCUUAAGGUGCUUUCCCUUUCAAACAAUGUCAUCACCGGUGAGCUACCAGCUGAGCUUAUAGGUGGGUUAAGAAGCUUAAAGUUGCUGAAUCUUUCUGAUAAUGCACUUUCCGGGAAGAUACCUCAAAGUCUCACUCCUUUGCAGAAUCUGACUGCUGUUUCUUUGAGGAGUAAUUACUUUUCCGGUAGUGUUCCAAGUGGUUUCAACUCGGUUGAAGUUUUAGACUUGUCUUCGAAUCUGCUUAAUGGCUCUUUGCCUCUUGGUUUUGGUGGAGGUAAUUUGCGCCACUUGAACCUCUCUUACAAUAAGAUUUCAGGAAAAAUCCCACCAGAGUUUUCAGAACAAAUUCCGCAAAAUUCUACAAUCGAUCUCUCCUUCAACAACCUAACCGGACCUAUUCCGGAUUCUCUGGCUUCGCUCAACCAGAAAAACGAGUUCUUUGCAGGGAACACGGACCUAUGUGGCAAACCUCUGAAGAACCUUUGCUCGAUUCCUUCCACUUUGUCUAAUCCUCCCAAUGACACAUCCACUUCUCCAGCAAUUGCGGUCAUACCCAAAAGCGUUGGCUCAACCCCAGUAACAGGCUCAUCUAACACACCAAAUUGGGCAGAUCAGAACUCAGCACAAGGAGGUCUAAAGCCUGGGACCAUAGCCGGAAUAGCUCUCGGAGACUUGGCCGGUAUAGGCCUCCUUGCAAUGCUCGUUUUCUAUGUCUACCAUCUGAGAAAGAAAAACAACAUUCUCAAACCACAAAAUGCGGCAACGAAGUCAGAAAAGAAAGUAGAAGCAAGCAUCAAACACGACACGGUUCACAGAAACCCCAUGGCUUGGUCCUGCCUAGGCGAAGAGAAUUCAGAAGCAACCAAUUCUGAUAGUGACCCUGAUAUUAAACGCAAAGUCGGAAACGUCCAUCCAAGCGGGGAUCAUGAUCAGAAAGGUGAGCUUGUGACAGUGGACGGAGAGACAGAGCUGGAGCUGGAGACUUUGCUCAAGGCGUCGGCAUAUAUGCUGGGAGCCAGCGGGGCGAGCAUUGUUUACAAGGCGGUACUUGAGGAUGGGACUGCGUUGGCAGUGAGAAGGAUAGGAGAGAGCGGGGUUGAGAGGAUGAGGGACUUUGAGGACCAGGUCAGGGCCAUAGCUAAGCUGCGCCACCCCAACGUGGUACGGAUUCGUGGGUUCUACUGGGGAGAGGAUGAGAAACUCGUUAUCUAUGACUAUGUUUCCAAUGGCAGCCUUGCGAGCACCAGCUACAGAAAAUCAGGCUCAUCACCAAGUACUCAUCUCUCUCUUGAGGUCCGACUGAAGAUUGCAAGAGGAGCAGCCCGAGGACUGGCCUACAUCCACGAGAAGAAACACGUGCAUGGCAACAUUAAACCCAGCAACAUCCUUUUGAACUCUAACAUGGAGCCGAUAAUCGGAGACUUUGGGCUGGAGCGCCUCGUCUUGGGCAACAGCAGUCACAAAGCGAUCAGUUCAGCACGGUUUUUUGGAAGCCAUGGCCAAAGAGUUGCAACAACCAUUCGCGAGGGCAUGCCAGACCUCCCCAUCACUGGUGCCAGCCCCCACGCACCUGCGGGAACGUCAGUAGGAAGCAGUUCAUCGCCUUAUCAAGCACCCGAGUCCCUCGAGAACCCGAAACCCCAACCCAAGUGGGACGUGUACUCAUUUGGGAUAGUUUUGCUUGAACUUCUGACUGGGAGGGUGUUCUCAGAGGGGGAACUGGGACAGUACUGGACUGCGGCCGGUUUAGUUGUAGAGGAGAAAAACCGGGUUUCGCUUUCGAGAAUGGCGGAUGCGUCAAUCAGGAAUGAAGUGGAGGGCAGGGAGGAUGUCAUGUUCACGUGCUUCAAAUUAGGUUUUAGCUGCGCUUCUCCUGUCCCCCAUAAGAGACCCACCAUGAAAGAAGCCCUUCAAGUCCUAGAGAGGACCUCGUACUAUGCUUAAUUAGUGAUGUAUUUAGUUUCCACUAAAGGUUGCUUGGUUUGGUUUGUUUUGUGUUCGUGUUUAGUUGAGUUGGAGGUUGGACACAGAGCUAACAUAAGUGUUGUAUGUUUGGCUGAUUAUUAAUUAGAAUUUUCUACGUAUAAUAUACAUCUUGUGAUGAUUA